AUGGUAUUUUCCAAAAUCCUACUGGUGGUGGUUGCCCUUGGUCUUAUAUAUUUCCAUAUAUUUGCAAACCAACCCAUCUCGUCAGCAAUAGGCUUCGCUAUUCUCGGAUAUCAGGUAGUCAUAUACUUGAUUCCAAGACUUGGUUCCUCUUUCAUCAACAUUGGCCUCAAGGGUAAUGAUUUGUCGAAACCUAAUCGUCCUUUAUUACCUGAAUGUAUGGGUGCUAUUUCGGCAGUGGUUUACUUGUUCACUAUGUUUUUCUUCAUUCCAUUUAUCUUUAUUCCAAUCAUGGUUGUCAAUACCUCCGGCGGAGGUAACAGAGACUAUGAAAUUUCAAACUACAACCAACAGAGUAAUGCAUUAUUCCCUCACUCUAAGUUAAUUCAGUACUUAUCAGCCGUUUUGUGUCUUGAGAGUCAGAUUUUGUUGGGAAUUGCUGACGAUUUGUUCGAUGUAAAAUGGAGACACAAGUUCUUCAUGCCAGCAAUCGCUUCAAUCCCACUUUUGAUUGUCUAUUACAUUGAUUUUGGUGUCACUUCAAUAUUGGUCCCAAGCGUGAUUGCAAAGUACUUGAAUCAAACUACUGUUGAUUUGGGAGUAUUCUAUUACGGGUAUAUGGCAGCUAUUGCAAUUUUUUGUCCUAAUUCUAUCAAUAUUUUGGCAGGUGUAAAUGGAUUGGAAGUGGGUCAAUCAGUGGUCUUGGCGUUAAUAUUUCUAAUUAAUGAUUUCUGCUACAUUUUCUUCUCGAGAUUUCCUUCAUCAAUUUCAUCUCAUCUAUUUUCAGUUUGCUUAUUGAUCCCAUUUUUGGGCGUCAGUUUAGGUUUGCUUAAAUUCAACUGGUAUCCAGCAAGAGUGUUUGUCGGAGAUACUUAUUGUUAUUUUGCCGGAAUGGUUUUCGCCGUUGUUGGUAUCUUGGGGCAUUUUUCAAAAACUUUAUUAUUAUUUUUUGUUCCACAAAUUUUCAACUUCAUUUAUUCAGUCCCACAACUUUUCCAUAUUGUUCCUUGCCCAAGACAUAGAUUACCAAGAUUUGAAGAAAAAUCCGGACUCAUGUAUCCAUCAAUGGCUGUUUUGUUUGCUGAUGAAGGUGAUGAAACUUCUGGUAAGUUCAAGUCACCGAAAUUAAAGCUUCUUGAUCCAAAAGGUCAAUUGAUUCAAACCAUUUUGAAGUCUCUUUCUAAACUUAAGCUUCUAAAAGUCGUGGAAGUUGAAUCUGUUAUAAGUUCUGACGAUGGAUCAACUAAAAAGGUGACCUUGAUUAAAGAAAUCAACAAUCUUACUUUAAUCAACUUGGUUUUGGUCAUUUUUGGUCCACUCAGAGAAGACAAGUUAUGUAUAACAAUUUUGGGCAUUCAAUUUUCUAUUGGGUUACUAGCUAUUGUUUGCAGGCAUUCCAUCGGUCACUUCUUGUUUGAGAAUGAUAAUUUGUGGAAGUAG